GGGUCUCACGCAGUUGUUUACCUCGUGAAGAGUCACACGAAAAAUAUGUGCGACACUAUUAGUGUACUGGGAUUUCUGGUGUUUUUACGAAUCACGAAAAGGCGGGAUUUCGUCGCCACUGCCGCGUCUCAAAAUUUCAUUCAUUCAGUGACCUGACACAGGAUAUUAAUCUUCCUGAAGAUGGUAAACAAUCACAAAUUUAGCGACGUGUUUUCCCUGAUUAGAACUGAAAAUGUAGACAUGGUAGAGUACGUUCAAAGUCGCAACGGUUAAAGUGUUUUCAACAUGAUCCAGACAUGUAAACAGGAAAUUGAACCAGUGCUCAAAGAGGCACAAAAUAGCAAAAGCUGUAUUAGAAGAAUUUCGGACAUGGCCUCCAGAUUCUUUAAUACCAGACUUACCAGAAAUUAUGAAGAUUCUUACAUCGACAGCAGAUGAAUCGAUCUUAAGGGUUGAAUUACUAGAGCAAAUACCUCACAUUGCCGCACAAGCACAAGCCAUAGCAUGUUCGAGAACAUCGUCACAUCAAACAUUUAAGAACAUCGUCAGUGAUCACAUUAUUCCUUUCGUUGUAAGAAGUUUAGGAUGUUCAGAAAAUACCCUAGUUUGCCACUCGACUCUAAUCCAAUUGAUAGAACAGGGUUUUAUUUCAAAACUACAAGCCGAAAUCCAAGUAUGUCCCACAAUUUUGGCGCUCACCAAAUUAGACAUUAGAAAAUUAGAAACCACCACAGAUGUAAAUACUAGUGCUAUUAAUUUAAUGAGCAAAUUAGCUCCAUUACUUGGCCGGGAUGUAACGGAACGUGUAUUCCUCGGCAGGUUCAUAGACUUAUGCUCCAGUCCAAUAUUUCACAUCCGUACGGUUUGUGCGGGAUAUUUUGGAAAUUUCUCAGCCGUGAUCAGCCACGAUUCGGUCGAGAAGAUAUUGGUGCCAAAAUACCUUACUCUAUGCAAAGACGACGUAUGGGGAGUGAGAAAGACCUGCGCAGAAGCGAUAACUUACGUGUCGUGUGCGUGCAGUAUGAACACAAGAACUACCAAAUUAGCUCCAAGUUUUGGCGUUCUACUAAAAGAUGACUGUCGAUGGGUUAGAGUUUCGGCUUUCCACUCUUUAGGUCCUUUUAUAUCAACGUUUGCCAAUCCGCCCAUAACCAAAAUGGAUUAUAGUAACAAUGGAGAUCUAGUUUUAGUUAAUGGAGAGGGUGCAGAGUUUAUGAUUUCUGUUUCAACACCAAUGUUAUCAUUGCACGAAAGAUUCAGCGUUAAUAAUCCAAAAGAAGAUAACAUAAUGAUGAAUCCGUUAAAUUUAGAAGAAAUGGAUUUGGAAGAAACCGGUUGGAUUGAAAAAAUCAAUGAAGAUGACAUAACGGGGAGUUCUUCAGACAAACAAAACGAAGAAAACAGUUCUGAAUCUUCCGAUACAGUGGCAAAUGAUGAUGGUAAUGUCGAAAACCUAAUCGAUAAAGGUUCGAUAGAAGACCCAAAGAGCACCCCAAAUGUGAUAGUGUGUGAUAAUAUUAGCGAAAAAAUAAAUAACCAAUUAACAGAUGCAAUGCAAAAUAUUAAAUUAAUUGUAAAUAAUUCUAAUUUAAAUAUUGAACAUAGUACAAACGUUAACAAUGAACUUAGUCAAUUAAAUUCGAAUGUCACUACAGAAGAUAAAAUCACUAAUACGAAUAAAGACACAAAUGACAACGAACAAAAGGUAAAUAUCAAUAAUAACGGUACUAUAGAGGAUGAUUUGCAUUUAUUUUACUCACACAAUUAUUGGUAUAUUAGUCCUGAGUUGCCUUUAGAUCCAGUUUUAGUCUGUGGAGAGGAAUCCUCGAACAUCUUAAAUGGUGCUGGAGAUUCAAUACAUUUGGAAAGUAAUUCUGCUGAUGGGAGUAAAUCAGAUAAUAAUAAUUCAACAGUUUCAAUAGAUGAAAGUGAUGUUACAAACGAUGGUACAAAUGAAAAUAGUGUUGCGGAGAAGUCAGAACCACCAGAACCACCACAGAAGAUAGUACCGCAAAUUUUAGUUGAUCACUACAUAGCAAUGACAUAUCCAAUGCUAUCUCUUAACAUAGAAUACGAAAUGGCAUACCAUUGCGCAUACUCUCUUCCAGCUGUAGUUUUAACGUUAGGUAGCGAAAAUUGGCAUUUACUUGAAGAUACGGUCUUUACCCUUGCUGGAGAUAUACAGUAUAAAGUUAGACGAACAGUAGCUAGCAGUUUACAUGAAUUAGCCAUCAUACUAGGAUCAGAAAUGGCUACGAAUAGUUUAACUCAAUUAUUUGAAGGUUUUAUUAAAGACUUGGAUGAAGUCAGAAUAGAAAUUUUAAAACAUUUAGCUGCCUUUUUAAAAGUUAUUAAUCCGGCCAAAAGAAUAACGUAUUUACCGAGGUUAGUAGAAUUUUUACAAACCGACAAUGAGUGGAAUUGGAGAUUCAGAGAAGAACUAGCCAAGCAAUUGUUAGAGUUGAUGGAAUUAUUUAAACCGGCAGAUAUUUCUAAACAUGUCGGUGGAAUUGCGAUCGUUUUAUUAUAUGAUAAAGUAGCCGCUGUAAGAGAAGCUGCCUUAGCAUUAGUUACUGAAAUAAUUUCGUAUACAUCUUCAGAACCGAAUUUAACGCCAGGUUUUUUAAUAAAGUUAGCUGAAACAUUUGCUCAUUCGAAGAAAUGGAAACGUAGACAGACUUUUUGUCUUAUGUGUAUAGAAAUAUUGAAAGAAGAGGCCUUAGAACCAGAACAAUUCGUUUCGGAAGUUAUGCCACACUUGUUGGAUCUAAGUUGGGAUCCAGUUGCCAACGUUAGGCUAGUAGUAGCCAGAUGCCUAUCUAGAUAUAUUUUAAAUAAUCUAUACUUCGUGGAUUUAUCCAGCGAUCACUGUGAGGGACUAGAAACCGUCCUACGAAGACUUCAGGCUGAUAAAGAUAGUGACGUUCGUCAAUCCGCAGAAGUGUAAUUUGUUCACUGGCUCUAACAACUUUUAUAGGAUUUUAUUUACCGUGGUGACAAUAUACAAUUUAGACAUUGUUAAGUGUGAUUUUUAUUGCAUAUAUCCAAAUUUUUAAAAUCUUUUCUAAACCGAUUUGAUAUAUGAAUGGUCUCUUUGAAAAGCUCAAUAAAAUAAUCUCUUAAUCAGUUUCAAUUUUAAAAAAGUAAUGUUAAAUUUCAAAAGACCCAUUUUCUUCUAUGUAUAGAAUUUUGUAAAAGAUGAAAGCAAAGAGAAGAAAGUAAUUUUAUAAUUAAAACAAUGUACUUAAACAUAAAUAAAAUUCACAGUAUCUACUUUAGUUCUUUAGUAUCUACGCUGAUGAUAAAAUAUUUGAACCUUUAUUACAGUACAUAUUAAGCCCCAAACAGAAGAUUACUUUUUAAGUGCAUGCAUAAUUUCUACAUUUAUAUUGUGAGUUUUUAUAGAUAUACAGUUGGUGACCUUCGAAACUUGGCAUCAAUGUAAAAUCUAAUCAUUUUUAUGUGAGUACAAAAACAUAUUUAUUUUUCUCCAUGUUAUAAAGUAUGUAGGCAUAUUUUGGCACAAACCUAUUUUUAAUAAACAUAGUAAAAUCA